AUGUAUGACGAGUGUGUGAAGUCCGUCAAGGCAGAGCUCAGUGAAAUGGAUUUUUAUGCUAGCACUACUGACUUGUGGUCCAGUCGAACCACUGAGCCUUACAUGAGUUUUACCGUGCACUUUUUGACAUGCAAAUUUGAGCUCAUUACACGCUGCCUAGAAGUAGCAUACUUCCCCGAGACACACACUGGUGAAAACAUUGCUGCUGCCCUGCGGGAUGUUUUGAACAACUGGAACUUGCCCGAACACAAACAAGUGGCCAUCACAACAGAUAACGGAGCGAACGUGGUGAAGGCUGCUGAGGUCAACAACUGGUUCAGAGUGCAGUGCUUUGGCCAUCACCUGCAUCUGGCAAUUGGGAACUCUAGGACCCGAGAGUCGCGCCAGUCCAUUAUCAGCCCAGACUGGAACUUUGAGAAGAUGGGUAUUGGCGGCCUCGACAAGGAGUUUUCCGACAUCUUCCGCAGGGCCUUCGCCUCCCGAGUGUUCCCUCCAGACCUCGUUGAAAAGAUGGGCUGUAAACACGUGAAGGGAAUCCUGCUGUUCGGCCCCCCGGGCUGUGGUAAAACCCUGAUGGCACGACAGAUCGGCAAGAUGCUGAAGGCCCGGGAGCCAAAGAUCAUCAACGGCCCUGAGAUUCUCAACAAGUACGUGGGAGAGUCGGAGGCAAACAUCAGGAAGCUGUUUGCGGACGCAGAGGACGAACAGAAGAGGCUCGGUGCCAACAGCGGCCUUCACAUCAUCAUAUUUGAUGAAAUUGAUGCCAUCUGUAAGCAGCGUGGCAGCAUGGCGGGCAGCACAGGAGUCCACGACACUGUGGUCAACCAGCUGCUGUCCAAGAUAGAUGGAGUGGAGCAGCUCAACAACAUUUUGGUCAUAGGUGCAAACACACCAACAUUUUCUCCCACUUCAUACAAACUAACAAACACUUGUACACUCAAAUCCUCUCCAGUGUUUUAUGCCUGA